UGCGGACCAAUCAGAGAGCUCGCAGAUAGAAGGCAGUGUGUUCGAGGCUCUGCAGGCAGGAGGUGUUUGAGGAACCAUGUCAGCUCCUCCAAUGAUGUACAGAAGGAGCCCUUUCGCUUUUAUUCGAUGUUUGCCUCCCAAACAGUUGUGAACAUGCACGCUGUAAUAACUCUUUCUCACUGCAGGGAACUUUUUUUCACGAGCCAAGCAUUGGACUUAAGUGUGGAUUUGUUCCAAGUUUUCCUCGCUGCCCGACAGAGCUGAUGAAACCCUCUACAGAGCGCCGGGUUUAUGGACUCGUGUUGUAGCUAAUGAUGUCUAUGGGUUUCAUGCCUGACAGUCUGAAUGCCUCGGAUCCCUCCAAAUCGGCCUUCCUAGAAUUUGGCCACGGACUUCCGGCACACCAGCAGCACUCCCCCGGACUCUCUCACAUUUACCCCGUUCAUGGCUUGCAUGCUGCUGGGCAUUCCCAGCACGAAAGUUCUUUUCCUGGCAGCGCGUCCUAUGGCCGCUCUUAUGGCUACGCCUACCCCGGCGCGGUGAGCACUCAUGCCCCGUCUGCUUACAUGUCCUACCAGCACAGCAAACACAGCAACAGCAGCAGUUUGGCCCACAGCAGAUUAGAACCAACAGGUCGCGAGAAGUCCUCGGUGAUUGAAAGCAGGGACAUUCGUCUAAAUGGCAAGGGGAAGAAAAUCCGGAAGCCCCGGACCAUCUACUCCAGUCUGCAGCUGCAGGCUCUGCACCAGCGCUUCCAGCAGACCCAGUACCUGGCCUUACCGGAGCGCGCAGACCUGGCGGCCAAACUGGGACUCACCCAGACUCAGGUUAAAAUAUGGUUUCAGAAUAAGCGCUCCAAGUAUAAAAAGAUGAUGAAGCAUGGCAGCGGAUCAGAGGGAGAACAUCUCCACAGCACUAGCUCCAUCUCGCCCUGCUCUCCCGCGCUGCAGUCUUGGGACGUCUCCAUGGCGAACAAAGGAGCCCAAAUGCACCCAAACAAUUACAUGAACAGUUUUGGUAACUGGUAUCCAAACCACCACCACCACCCUCCUCAUCAGGACGCGGGGCCCAGGGCUCAGAUGAUGUGAGUAGGUUGUUUCGUGCGGGCCAGGCUCUCGCGCCUCUUCUAAGCGCACUUCACAAUGAACUCGCUGGCUUCUCUCGAGGCCUCCUCUCAGAACUGACUUGUGUUUAAAUAGUGUGUUUGUUGAUUGAUCUUGUUCAUAUUCUUUGUAUUUAGUGUACGUUUUUGGAAUUCACGUUUCACAGCGAAAUGUGUCAACAAUGCAUCAUAUAUAUUUUUAGAUUUGUGAUCAUUUCACUGCAUCUUUGGGUGCACGGCUUCGACUCUUCGACUUGGUGUGUGUGCAGUUUAUCAGAAGACUCUGGAUAGAGGCAUGUCAAAUAUAUCCAGUGCGCAUGGGUUUACUUUAUUAGCAAAAUCGUUUCAGGUGAUUAUGCAAAUAAAUAGCUGUUGGAUGGACAUUAUUGUGAUGAAUCUUUUGUGUGACGUGUUUUUUUUGGUGUCAGAUUUUAUGAGGAAAAUGUUGGUACUGUCCUAUUUAUAUGUAUGGAUGUUUGAUUUUAUCCAUCAAACUGAGCCGGUGACUUACAGAAGUCUAAAUGAAUGGAAACUUCAUUCAUCUGCAAGACUCCUGAACAAAAGCGUAAAGGCGUGCCUGAGCUGUGGAUGAAGUCUCGAGUCCGGCUUCUGUACUGUGCUGAGUUCUGUUAACCCCUCACAGCUCAGUCCGUGAGAUAAUUCAUAACUGGAACAUCAGCUGUCUUUUGUCCGUCAACACUCCCGCUGAUGGACGUAAAUCUGCUUGGAUACAUUCCAGUCAUGUUUUGUCAAAGCACCUGCGGAUUGAUUCCUGAUUAAAAGUAAAA